AUGGAUAUGGAAACCAGUUUUGAUCCAACAUUUUUAUUACCAGAUUAUUCAAAAUUGUCGGAUAGCAAAUUUACACAAAUGUUAUUAACAUCAACAUCGAAUAUUAUGAAUCAAGAUGACCUUAUUGAGUUAUUGAAUCAGAAAGACAUAUUCAUCUAUAUUCGUCAACUCACACAACUCAUUAAUAAAUUCAAUUAUUCUAAACUACAACAAGAACAAUGGUCUUACUAUUAUAAUCUUGGCAUGACCGAUGGUAUUUGGAGCGGUCGAAUAUCGAAAAAAAUGGCUGAUGCAAAUUCAAUGUGCUACACAUAUGGUCGAUCGAAAACUUUAAUCAAACAACGUCUUGAGAAAUAUAAAUUACAAUGUGAAAAAGGUCAACAGGCUAUACAUGAACAUAUGGAACAAGCACCACUCAUUCUUGACAUGGAAACUAUUAGUAAUCUGAUAAACAAUUUAAUUAAUCAAGAUCAACAUCAAUUACGACUUGAACUUGAACGAUGA